AUGGCCGCGGGGGGUGAAGCGGAGGAGGCGUCCGCCCGGGCCUCAGCUCCACAAGGCCCUGGGGGUGCGCCCCAGGGGUCAGUACAGAGCGUCCCCCAGGAGUCGACGCGGGACGCCCCCCAGGGGCCGGCGCGGGGCAUCUCCCAGGAGCGAGCGCGAGACGCUCCUCAGGGGUCGGCGAGGGGUGCCCCCCAGGGGUCGACACGGGGCUCCUUCCCGGAGCUGGCGCGGAGCGCCCCUCGGGGGUCUUCGGAGCCUGCCCCCGCCGCUGCUUUGGAUCCGGCGCGGGGCGCCCCCCAGGAGUCCGCCCAGGGCGUUCCUCGGGGGUCCGCGGAGACUGCCUCCACCACCACGCCCGCGACUGGAGGGCAGCGAAGCGGCGACAAGCGACCGCUGCCGGAUGUCCCGCGAUCGGCGUCAGGCUCCGAGGCGAAGCGCGCGCGCCGUCCUUGUGCUUCAAGAACGUAA